AUGGCCGUAUCCAUUCGUGUGAUCCUCACAUUCCUCUCAAAGAUGUGUUCUGAUGUCCCCUACCGUCAGCGAAUCUUCCUUGCUAUUGCGUGGAUGCCCAAGAUCACGCUACAGGCCAUCUUUGCCGGCAUGACCCUUGACGCAGCCAAAAAAAAUGGCAGUGACACUCUCAAAUCACACGGUUAUACGAAAUUCCUCGAAACACCAAUACACGCUGUCGAGCAAAAAGAACGGUCUCAACAGAAGUUUUGUAUUUCUAUUCUAGAAUAA